UUGAUACAAAAAAUUAUUAAUAUUAUUUUAUAAAUAAUUAUUCGCUCAGAUACGAAAGAAAAGAGAAAAGAAGAUAAAAAUAAUUAAGAAGUGAAACUAGAUCAAUUAAAGAUAUUGGAGCAAAAAAAUAAAAAAAAAAUAAUAAUACCGAGAAAAUAACGAAUAAAAGCAGUGACAGUGGAUAUUAACUUUACUUAAUUGGAUUAUUAGAAAUGCAAGAAGCCGUGAAAAGGAUUUCGUUUAAUAAGUGAAUAAAAUCGAGCAAACGAGUUACCCAACAAGCAACCUGCAAUACAAAAUUAUUGCCGCCAUGAGACCUGCUAGAAUUGGACCACCCCCGCAAGGUCCAUUAAAAUUCACAAUAGCGGAUACACUUGAACGGAUAAAAGAGGAAUUUAAUUUCCUGCAGGCGCAGUAUCAUUCGUUGAAGCUGGAAUGUGAAAAAUUGGCACAGGAAAAGACAGAAAUGCAAAGGCAUUAUGUAAUGUAUUACGAAAUGUCAUACGGACUCAACGUGGAAAUGCACAAACAGACGGAAAUUGCAAAAAGAUUAAAUGCAUUAAUUGGUAAUGUGCUGCCGUUUUUGUCACAGGAACACCAACAACAAAUCGCGCAAGCUGUCGAACGUGCAAAACAAGUUACAAUGCAAGAAUUGAAUGCCAUUAUUGGGCAACAUCUAACGUCCCAACAAGGAAUACAACAGCUCAUUCAACAGAUGCAUGCACAACAAGCACCUGGCGGACCUCCUCAAGCGAUCCCGUCGUUAGGAGCUCUUGGACCUUUUGGAGCACUCGGAGGACCUAUUUUAUUACCGCAUGGACCACAAAGCUUACUUAAGGCGCCGCAAGAUUUACACAGAGAAGAUAUUAAAGUUCCCAUUGGAGGCCCUCCUGCUGAUGAGCGAUUGCGCAAUAAUUCUGUUUCACCCGGCGAUCGUGAAAAAUAUCGUUCGCGUUCUCCGCUCGAACUUGACACAGACUCAAAACGGCGAAAAGAGGAAAAGUUGAAUCACGAAAGUGAUGGUGAUAAAAGCGAUCAAGAUUUAGUCGUGGACAUCGCAAACGAAACGGGUUCUCCUUCUCCCCGCGUUAACGGAGAUCACAAUUCCCGUGAUGGAGGUCGAGACAGUGUUGGCAUGAAUGGCGAUCGUAAAGCAACAUCUAGCGUUGACUUGAAAACAGAAAGACCCCCAUCCAGAUCAGGCUCAAGUUCGUCACGAUCGACUCCGAGCUUGAAAACGAAAGAUCUCGAUAAGCCCGGAACUCCCGGAGCAAAGGCCCGUUCAACGACUCCAAAUGCAUCAACCACACCAAAGUCAAGUUUAGGAGGAUCGACACCCGGCGUUUAUCCUCCCUCGCCAUAUCAACGUCCUUCAGAUCCUUAUGGAAAACCUCCCGGAGAUCCAUAUGGUCGAUCGCCGAUGCCAUUUGAUCCACACACGCAUGUACGAGCUCUUGGUAUUCCCCCUCCGAAUUCUGUAACUGGCGGAAAACCUGCUUACUCAUUUCACAUGAACGGCGAAGGUUCAUUGCAGCCCGUUCCCUUUCCCCAAGAUGCCCUCAAUGGACCCGGAAUCCCGCGUCACGCUCGUCAAAUCAACAACUUGAAUCACGGCGAAGUCGUUUGCGCCGUCACAAUUUCCAAUCCAACCAAAUACGUGUACACGGGAGGCAAAGGCUGUGUCAAAGUCUGGGAUAUUUCGCAACCGAGCAAUCGUACGCCCGUCAGUCAAUUGGAUUGCUUGCAGCGCGACAACUACAUCAGAUCUGUGAAAUUGCUGCCGGAUGGCAGAACCUUGAUUGUCGGCGGCGAAGCUUCAAACUUGUCAAUUUGGGAUCUCGCAAGUGCGACGCCACGCAUCAAGGCAGAACUCACGUCGAGUGCUCCCGCUUGUUAUGCAUUGGCAAUUAGCCCCGAUUCGAAAGUUUGCUUUUCGUGUUGCAGCGACGGAAAUAUCGCCGUGUGGGAUUUGCACAAUCAAACGCUCGUACGGCAAUUCCAGGGACACACAGAUGGCGCUUCGUGCAUCGAUAUUAGUCCGGAUGGGCAACGUUUGUGGACUGGCGGAUUGGAUAAUACGGUUCGCUCGUGGGAUUUGCGCGAAGGACGACAAUUGCAACAACAUGACUUUAGUUCGCAAAUCUUUUCGCUUGGAUAUUGUCCUACAGGCGAUUGGUUGGCUGUUGGCAUGGAAAAUUCUCACGUCGAAGUCCUGCACGCCACAAAACCCGACAAAUAUCAAUUACACUUGCACGAAAGCUGCGUUCUUUCACUCAGAUUUGCCACAUGCGGAAAAUGGUUCGUUUCAACGGGUAAAGAUAAUCUACUGAAUGCAUGGCGUACACCUUACGGAGCCAGCAUAUUCCAGUCAAAAGAAACAUCAUCAGUACUUAGUUGUGACAUCUCAACAGACGACAAAUACAUCGUGACGGGUUCAGGUGACAAGAAAGCCACUGUUUAUGAAGUUAUUUAUUAAAUGGAGAACAUGUUAGAAACGAAAAUGGCAAUAAUAAAGGCACGAUUCUUUUUAUUUUGAACUCAUGUUUUAAAUUAAAUGUACAAAAUAUUACUAAAUUCAUAAAAUUAUACAAAAAAUGAAGAAAAUACAUGUCGCGAAAAAUGUUACAUGAACUAAAAACAGAAAUAGCAGAUAAGAAAAGAGAGCUAAAACAGUGAUUCUAUUAUUAAAUUAAUUAACUUUUAAGAUGUAUCGAUGUUAGUUGAUAGAAAAAUGAAUAAAAAAAAAAUAUAUAAAAUUUAGUGUCUUUAAAGUUCAAACUUAAAUAUAUAUUAAAAACAUAUAUUUAUAGUCAUUACAUGUAAAAAUAGAGCAGAAUUUUUUUCCUAUUAAUAUUUUAAGUUUUACUGAUAUUAAAAAAAAUGUAUUUGUAAAAAAAAUGCAUCCAGAGCCCAUGGCAGCUAAACUUGUAUAAUUUUUGCAUUUUAUUUGAUGAUUUUAAACAAAAAAUCACAACAUAUAUAAAUAAAAUUGUACAAAGCAUAAGAGUAUUGAUUUUUAUUAAUUAAUAUUAUUAAUCAUAUACAAUAAAUGUGAAUUUAUUAUAAUUAUUAUUAAUUAAACAGCACUUCUUAAAAAAAAAUACUAAAAUUGGUGUUAAACGAUAUUUAUUAUUAUCAUUAUAUUAAUUAAUAAUUAUUCUAAUGAUCAUAUAUAAUAUAUAUAUAUAAUAAAUGUAAAUAAAAAAAUAAGGUCUAAAAUAAUG